AUGGUGUCCGUCUAUCUAGUCGUCAUCACAAAAGCCUCACUCUUCUCUCGCGCCCUCUACAAGAUCGUCUCCACAACUUCCGAAUCCCAGCCUUCCACUUACCGUGAAAAGAAGAAAUGCUUCUACCUUGAUAUACGCGUGCGGCAUCCCAUCACCAAGCGCACCAUGAUUCUCAAAAUGGAAGUGCUGCGACAAGAUCAUAUUCUCAAUAUCGAAGUACCCAUCAGACAGGCCACGCUGCCUCUCGCUGAAGCAGCACUCUACAAGCGGGUGGAUGCGGAGUACGCGGAUAUGAGGCUGAAGAAAGAAUCCUUUGAGAUGACGUGGACAUUUGAAGAGGCUGACGAGGUAGAAGAGAGGUAUCAGGAUGUGAACAGAAAGGUAAGUGCGGAUAUGAUGGCUAGGGAUAGGAGGACGACUUGGUGGGAUGUUUAUGAGUUUGAGCUUGAUUGA